ACUGUAGCCUGGCUCCUAGCGUGGGGGUAAGGCCGUUGCGAUACUCCGUGGUGCUGGAGACUCUGAGCGGCGAUACUCCGUGCAGAGAAUUGGCGGCAGGACGCAGUGGUAAACAACAGUUUGUCAGCUGUUGCUCGCAAAUUCUCCAGCAUGUUUUGUGAAAAAUCUCUGAAACUUAUCAAGGAACUGGAUCGUUCUCAGGAGGCUAUGCCACCUUUUGAUGACGAUGGAGUGAGACAAGUCUUUGAAGAAAUGCGAGGCUUAUAUGAUCAAAAUGUGGCUGCAGCCAAUGAUACAACCGCUGAUCCAGAUGGAACUGCCAUAUCGGGUAUAGCUAUUAGACAUGCAGCUCUUGAAAGAAACAAACGAUGUCUAUUAGCCUAUGCCUACAAUAGAAUUCUAAGAGUAAGGAACAUGCGUUGGCAGUUUGGACCAAUUCUCCCCCAUGACAUCAAAGCAAAUUUCAAUGAACCAGAGGUUCAAUGGUUCAACAACUAUAAUAUAUGCGUUGCUCGUUACUUUAAGUCUAUUGGUGCGCAUGGCCUAGAUCUUACUGCUGAUGUGAAACCCCCAAAAUCCCUGUAUGUGGAGGUUCGAAGUCUUACUGAUUAUGGAAAAUUAGAACUGGACAAUGGUGAAGUGGUACUUCUGAAAAAGCACAGUACCCAUUUGAUGUCUCGAGCUCAAUGUGAACCACUCAUUACACAAGGUGUACUUGAACAAAUUAGUAAUUAGUCAAUUGAAUAAAAAAGUGUAUUUUCAAA